UGGAGGGUAGGGAGAUACCUUAAAGUGCGAGGAUAUUGCGCUUUCCAACCAGUAGUUUUUUCACUUCAACGAGAUUGCACUCUCCGCGAAUUCGCCGAGGCAAAGUUCUGAAUUAAUCUCUGCCAGAGUUGAAAUGCGCCUAACUGGGUUACUGUAUUUACUAAUUCCAAUAGUGAGCCACCACUGUUCCGCAUCUCCGGGGAUCCUCAAUGGCUGGCUAAAUACGAUGAAGAAGUUCCGAGACGUUUUCCAAUUCCAAGACGAAUGGAUCUCGCAACAAUCAAAAAUUUCAGAAGAUGAAUACGAUUUCAUAAUAGUCGGGUCUGGAUCCGCGGGCAGCGUUAUAGCAAAUCGUCUUUCAGAAGUAUCAGAUUGGAAGGUACUACUCCUCGAAGUUGGAAAAGGAGAAAACUUGUUCACAAGUGUUCCAGCAUUGGCGCCGGUCUUCCAGCUCACUCAUUACAACUGGAACUAUCUGAUGGAGUACCAGGAAAACUUUGCCAGAGGAAUGGAAGGACGAAGAUUAGCCUGGCCACGAGGAAGAGCUUUAGGCGGAACAAGCGUCAUCAACUACAUGAUAUACACCAGAGGAAACCCUAGAGAUUUUGAUACUUGGGCCAUCGCCGGUAAUCCGGGAUGGUCUUAUUACGAAGUGCUGCCGUAUUACUUAAAAUCGGAGAGAUGUAGAUUACAACAAUUCCAAGAAGGAUUUCAUAAUGAUCAAGGAUUGUUGGGCGUGGAAAACAUAUACCAUUCGAAUGUUUUGGACGCUUUCAUCGCAGGCGGCGAGGAAUUGGGGUAUGAUCAGGUGGAUUACAAUAGUGACAGGCAGAUUGGGUUCAGCCGGAUCCAGGCAAACGUGAUCAAAGGUCGCAGGAAUUCUGUAGCCAAAGCGUUCUUGCAUCCAAUCCGAGAUCGUCCCAAUCUGCGUAUCCUGACUUCAGCUCUAGCCACCAAAAUCAUCUUCGCUGGUAACAAAGCAGUGGGAGUGGAAUAUACGCACAAUUUCCUAAAAUUUGAAGCUAAAGCCAGGAAAGAAGUGAUUGUAUGUGCUGGAGCUUUGGCUUCGCCGCAGCUCAUGAUGCUUUCCGGAAUUGGACCUCGCGCGCACUUAAAUGAUCUAAAUAUACCUGUGAUCGCUGAUUUGCCGGUUGGUCGAAAUUUGCACGAUCACAUAACGUACGUCGGCUUGAAUUUCUUGGUAAACUCCACGCAGACCAUGUCACUUCCUAACGUAAUCAAAUACUUCGGAGAGUGGGCUAUCAAUGGUACCGGUUUCGAUACCUCUCUUGGAGGUGUUGGGGGAGUUGCAUAUAUAAAAACUGAAGUGGACGAAAACCCAGAUCCCUCGUACCCCGAUAUGGAGUUAUUAUACGUCGACGGUUGUUUAGGUUCUGAUGCGAAGAUAACCGCAGAAACUAUGCGAAUCUCCGAAGAUUCGUAUAACAGAUAUUGGCGUAAAAUUGAAGGUAAACCUUGCUGGACGAUCUUCCCCAUGUUGGUACAUCCAAAAUCCAUCGGUUACAUGGAGCUUCGCUCCAGGAACCCCACGGAUCACCCCAAAUUUUAUGGAAAUUACUUGUCGGAUGAACGAGAUUUACGUACAAUGAUCGCCGCUAUUAGAUUCAUUUUAACAUUGGCGAAGACAUCCAAAUUCAAGGAAUAUCACACCAAUUUCUACGACGCUCCAGUCCCAGGAUGUGAAUAUCUCACGUACGACUCCGACGAGUAUUGGCAGUGCGCUAUAGAAACGUUCUCGAUAACUCUUCACCACCAAGUCGGUACUUGCAAGAUGGGACCAAAUACCGAUCCCGAAGCCGUCGUCAAUCACAACCUCCAGGUGUACGGAGUUAGCAAUUUGCGUGUUGCAGAUACGAGCGUUAUUCCGAAAGCUUUAACGGCGCACACGAACGCUCCGUCCAUAAUGGUCGGCGAAAAAGCUUCGGACAUCAUCAAGGCGGCGUGGGGCCGUCUCCAGUGAUCUCUCUCACUCCCGUCAUCCUCCGUUGUCCCAAAAAUUGAUUUUCCUUCUGGCGCCAAACCGGCUAGACUUUUCGUCUCUUCGUAUGCCCUGGCAUCCGGCCAAUUUUUAUUGAUGUACAAAUACAUUUAUUAAGAGACCCCGUUUAUCUCGUCCACGAUGAUAAAACGAAGUUUAUUCUUCGCCUCCGCAGUCUAAUAGGAUAGUAAAAAAUAAUUAAAAAAAAGAGGGUUAUUUCGAUGGCAUACAGUAGGUGCCUUUCAUUAUUAGUUUUGUAAUGUAAGCGAAUAUGUGGAUAAAGAGUCUGACGCUAACGCGGAUAGGGGAACGACCACCCCAUCCAGAAACGACCCCACUUGUGCCGUUAAUAUGAGUCAUCGACCCCUACCAGAUUGAAA